AUGCAAUCAUUGCAGAACGCUCUAGGUGCGAAUAUGCAAGACGGCAACUCUUCUCUUGGAAGCUUCGAUGCACCUACUCUGCCUCCCUUCCUUACUAAUGGCGGCACGCCUCUUCCAUUCGGGUUUCCCUGGGGACAAUCAACCGCCAAUAAUACCAACUAUUACAACACGACCCCCAACACUGGUGUCACUCGUUACUACGAUUUCGAGAUCUCCGCUGGACGGAUUGCACCUGAUGGUGUUUUCAAGGAUGGUAUUCUUAUUAAUGGCCAGUUCCCUGGUCCCACUAUUGAAGCCAACUGGGGUGACAUGAUUUCGGUCACUGUCACGAAUUCUCUGGACGAAGGAACUUCUUUGCACUGGCAUGCAGGCUUGUUGCAAAAAGCCACUCCAUGGUACGAUGGUGUGCCUUCUAUCAUGCAAUGUCCGAUUGCUCCCGGCAAGUCGUUCACAUACGUCUUCCAAGCUGAUCUAUACGGCACAAGCUGGUACCACAGCCACUUUAGCGCACAGUAUGCAGGCGGCGCAGCUGGUGCCAUGGUCAUCUAUGGUCCUAAGAACGUCGACUACGACAUCGACCUCGGACCUGUCAUCUUAAGCGACUGGUACCACGAAGACUACUACACUCUCGUUGAACAAACCAUGUCAAAAGCAUCCGACAAGACUCCUCAACCCGCUUCCAACAACAACUUGAUCAACGGCAAGAUGAACUUCCCCUGCUAUGAAGGCGUCAACUGCACCGCCAAUGCUGGUGUCUCCAAGUUCCCUCUCACCUCUGGCAAGAAGCAUAGAUUGCGAUUGAUCAAUAUGAGCGCUGAAGCUAUGCAAAAGUUUUCGAUUGACGGACACAAGAUGACCGUGAUCGCAAAUGACUUUGUUCCUGUUGAGCCUUAUGAGGUCUCUGUGGUCACUCUUGGAGUUGGUCAACGUACCGACAUCAUCGUCGAAGCUGACGGCGAUCCAACGGACAGCGUCUGGAUGCGCUCAAACAUCAAAUAUUGUUCAUUGACUGACGGCACUGUCGACGAAGCUGUUGCCGCUAUUUACUACGAGCAGGCUGACAACACUACAAUUCCCACGUCUAAAUCCUCAGUCACUACUACCCAACUUUCCUACUGUAACAACGACGAUCUCUCGGUCACCAAGCCUUUCUUCCCCAUCACACCCGACCCCAACCCCUCCACCACCGAAGACUUGGUCAUCGAGUACCGCACCAACGAGACCGACUUUAAUCUCUGGUUCGUCAACAACGUCAGUUUCAGAGGUGACUACAACAACCCCAUCCUCCUGGAAGCCAAACUAGGCAACCUCGACUUCCCCGAAGAAAACCAUGUCAUGAACUUUGGUUCCAACAAAACCGUUCGUCUCGUGGUGUACAAUUACUUUUCAUUCAGUGGCCAUCCAAUGCACAUGCACGGGCACAAUAUCUACGUCCUAGCAGAAGGUUUUGGCGAAUGGGACAACAAGGUUACAAAUCCCUCCAACCCGCAACGCCGCGACACCGUCUGGGUACAAGCCGCAAAAGACAAAGACACACCGGCGUACGUUGUUCUGCAAAUCGAUCAAGACAACCCAGGUGUUUGGCCUUUCCAUUGCCAUAUCGCUUGGCAUGUGUCUGCAGGCUUGUAUGUUAGUAUUCUCGAGAGGCCUGACGAUAUUAAGAAUAUGAAUGUCCCGGGAGUUAUGGCGCAGAGUUGUAGGGAUUGGAGUGUUUUUACUGGGCAGGCUAUUGUGGAUCAGAUUGAUUCGGGGUUGUAG